AUGCUUUUUGACAUACUACCAGCCACAAAUCCAGAGGACGCUGCCGUAGAAAAACCGACAGAAGAAACAGUAGUUCAAAUACAGAACGACGUCCACUCGCCGCCUGACCACGACCUGUUCAUCGAUGCUGCUGAUGAUGGUUCGGGCCUAGACACAGACGAGAGUUCGGGCUCCGGGUGGGGAGCCGGCCCCGGCCCUGACGACGAGGACGGACGAGGAUCAGGUGACGAGCCCAACGGACCUCCCGAUGACGAAGACUAUGGAUCCACUACCAUUGGCAGUGAAGAGACAGAACGCACCAUUAUCGAAACUCCCAUUACGCCCGAGAAAUCGGAGCCAGACGACAUAGACAUCCCCGAACAGACGGAGCCUCCUGUCGUAACCAAAGUGAACAUCCCGCUCCAAUUACCAACAGAUCCCAGGAAUAUCGAUGUGCUCAUUCCCAAUACAAGGAACAAGCCAGGCGAAGGCACUUCAGAGGAGGGAAGAGGCGCGGGGGAGGAGCAACCCUCGCGCCCGGAUCAGACAGACAUCAGCAUCUCUGGCGAGGACCUCGUGCCUUCAGUCGUACCCGUGAUUGGCGGUGCAGUAGUAGGGUUACUAUGCGCAAUCCUGGUAGUGAUGUUCAUAGUGUAUCGCAUGCGCAAGAAGGACGAAGGCUCCUAUGCGCUCGAUGAGCCCAAGAGAAGCCCUGCAGCAGCAUCGUACGGGAAGGGCCACAACAACCGCGAAUUUUACGCGUGAGACGACACAGAGCAACCAACGCCACGUAUUUACUAGUCGGCGGUCACGACCUGACUGACCAGUCAACCGUCUUCAUAAUAGCCAUUCCAUUUUUAAAUUUUGACAGUUACACACCAUACCACGCGAAAUGCGCGGAAAUAUAAAUAAAAAAAAAUAUUUCAAUUAAUUUAUGAACGUGGCUAAAAUUGUUCUGUGAUUUAUUUUAAAAUUAUACGAUCGAUGAAAUAAUUUAUUAUUCUAUAAAUGUUUGACAUGGAUACAAAUUUGUAAUGUACGGAUUGUACAGUGAUGUACAAGCCAGGUACAAAAGAUACAGAUUAUUGUCACUACGAAGGCAGUAAGAUUAAAGUUAAAAUGUUAUUAAAUUAUCAUCUUUGAGACCAAGUUUUUUAAUCAUUUGUGUGAUGAUUUUAAAUGGCGUUUAUCAGAGGUUUUGGUGUAUUGAUGUCUCUAUGAAAGACCAAUGUGGUUCGUAUGUUCUGAAUGAUCGAUCUUGUAUGUUUUCUGUAAAAAAAAAAAUAAGAAUUUUGUGCCAUCCGCUUUCCUUCAACUGUAUAUUGCCAAUUCUCUUCGCGCAGACUAUAAAGUCUCGAUAAAUAAUCUGUGGACACGUCCGUCACUUGACUACUAUGUGUAAUAUAAUUAUGUAUGUGUGUAUGUAUUUAGAUCGAACUCUCUAUAUAAAAAAAUAAGUAGAUUUUGUAAUAUUUUGCUUCCAGUUUGUCAUCGAAAUUUUUAUUUUUUUACUGAACAAAUCUUGUAUAUCUAUUUACGGAUAUUCGCUACUGAUUAUAUUGAAUAAUUUAGUAGAAAAAAAAACAGAAUUUUCGAUAACACACUUAACAUUUGGUUUUAUAAUACUUUUUUUAAUUUUAGAAAACUAAUUUUUUUAUUUAAGAUUUAUUUUGUUGUCACCUUGGGGGUUUAAUUUUAGGAAUUGACGUAUCUCUAUUAUUUAGUUUGUUUUUUAAUAUAGUUAUAGAUGUUUUAAUCUCAUUUUAUACGAUUGUAAUUUCUGGAAUUAGGUUGUGCAACGAUUUUUUUAACUUGCUUGUGCCAUCUUCAAUUUCCCAAUUCAUUUCUGUAGGAGAUAUUCGUCGACAUUAAUAAAUUUGCGUGCUAUACAUUAUAUUAUUACUCCCCUUUUUAUAAAAAAAAAAACAUCAGAAUAUAUACCCGUACCCAUUUACCCAUAUCUUAUAUAGAAACAUGUUAUUACCAAUUUUUACCCAAAUACCGCCAUGCCAAAAGCCAAGUAGUCAAAUAAUCAUUUAGAACGGCUUAAAAGCCUAGUUACGCAUCGCAAAAUAUUAAUGUAGACGCAAUUAAACGCCAGUGU